AUCCCAAUGGCCAAUUCCCACAGGCUACGUUUUUAUAUCAUACCUACGAUUCAUGGAUAUAGAGAAUAACUUUUAAGUUAUAAUAAGAAAUAAGUUGUAACAUUACUCUAUAAGUAUUUUGCCUAUAUCGUUUAAUUAAAGUACUGUUGAAAUUAAUAAAACACGAUAAGUGUUUUUUUUUUUUAAAUUAUUAUUAAAUUUUGAAUUAUCUUUGUAAAGUUUAAUUUGUAAUUUUUACAAAUUCGUCAUUCAAUAUAAUGACUUCAGCGAAAGAAGUGUUCAGAAGUAGUUUUCAACUGUUGGCUAGACAACCGGAAAACGUUGUUAAGGACUUUUUAAGACUCGCCAAAGAAUUUAUGGACAAAGGCCCAAAUCCAACAAUAUACCACAAAGCCACUGAAAAGUUAGACAUUCAAGAAGAACAAGUAGUUUCGAUAGUUAAAAGCAUAUGUCUUAUGUGUGUACAAAGUUGUAAACGCAAACUGAGCGACGAGGAGAUAAAAGAAUCGUUGAUGGAGUACGGAUUCGAUGCAGCCAAAUUAGAAAUGAUAAUAUUAUUUAUCGAAAGUGUAAAACCUCACGUAUUAGAUAUUCUCACUUCGAGCGCAUUUGAUUUUCCACAUUUCAAAGAACUUGAAUGGAGGUUCGAAACUGAUGUGGCGUCUAGAUCGUUUUUGCAACAAACAGUUCCCGUCAUUACGUUGCAACUGGAUUUAAUGAAAACAAAUUCAAAUUACGAAUCGUUGUUUUUACAAACAAAUCCAUCGAAUUUAGUUAGAAUCAAAGAAACGCUAGAGGCCGCCUUGAAACAAAACCAGACGCAAUGGAUUAGGAAAAUACGUAGAAAAUUGAAAUAAAGAUUUCUCUACACUCGCCUUGACGAUAAAAUAAUAAGCGUAUAUGAUAACGAGCAACGGCAGCAGAUAGACAAACCCUCCGUACACAACAAUAUAGCUGCGGCUGUGCCACGCCAACGUAUAAUAAUCUGUACCGCACGCCGUCAUAUUCGCUUCCGGUAUAUACCUGUAUUGGAAAAAUAUAAUUUUUUUUAAUAUUUAUAUUGUUUUAACAAUUCAACCGCACCCGUUUGUCCUCACCGGCUCCAUCCGAACAUCGGCGCCAAAGUCCAGACGAGCGCGUGUAAGUAUAUGAACAAUAUUUUCAAAAGAGCCAGUUUGAUUGUCAUCGGUUUUGCGGACAAUCCCUUAAAAUGUAUAUAUACAUA